AUGUCGUACCUCGCUGUUAUCGCAAUCAUCGCAUCCCUAUUCACCCAGCCGCUAACAACUGCGGAAGCAAAUGACUGUGUCAGGGACUACACGAAACCAUGUGCAGAAGGGUGGACUGAAUCAUUAGUAUUCACUAGAGUGUGUGAAGCUCCAAUAUUCUAUCAUGGACCGUGCUCAACGAAUUUACCAUUCGUGGAUACAAAGGAGGACAAACUGCGCAUAGAGCAAACAUGCGGCAUCACAUGGCCGUGUUAUAGUUAUUGUGAUAUCGAUGAGAAUGCAAAAUGUCCUAAGUUCUGGUACAUGGAGGACGGUCUUUGCGUGCCAUCCGCUGCCUACCAUGGUAAAUCAACAGAUUAUUAUGGUGUAGCUCACGAUAAUGUAGGACGUUGCGUGGAACCUGCUGAUCUGACUAAAAUGCAUGAAACAGAACGUACACUUUGGGGAAAUAGAUGCGGUGUCGCAUGGCCAUGCAACAGAAAAUGUACCAUAAACUACCAAGCAGAAUGCCCAGAGGGCUGGAAACAUACCGGUAUCGAUAGCUUACCAUCUUACCCUAUUCGUAUUCAGGCAAGGGGCAAUGUGUCGCUCCUUCAUCAUAUAAGGUUAUGCAAUGAAGGUGAGGAUCGAGAAAUUAUAGCAUUGUCAACGAAACCUGCAGGAGGAGUUCGGUGA